AUGUCCCUAUUCGGUACAUCCCCGGAGGAGCCUUCAGCGGCUGCCUCCGCCCAGAGGUCCAAGUCGUCGCUUUUCGCGGACGAUUCAGCCCGCGGAUCUCCGUCGCUCUUCGCGGAUGACGACGGAGAUGAUAGCUCCUCGCCAUGGAACCAGAGCAACACCGUGAAGCGGACAGCUCGUCGAGACCUUGUUCGAACCUUGCUACCUGCGACCGAUGUUCCUGAGAGCUACGUUGACGCAUACGACCUGAUACUGAAUAGUGGGGAUAGGGUUGGCUCCGUUGUCGGGUUGACCUCUGUUCGCGAGAUCCUGUCCAGCAGUGGGUUGAGUGCAACGGAUCAAGGCAGAAUUCUGAAUCUCGUUGUAUCUGCGGAUCACGAGAGUUCGGGCGGGCUUGGUCGUGCUGAAUUCAAUGUGUUGCUUGCGCUUGUCGGCCUUGGGCAGGAAGGCGAAGAUUUAUCAUUUGAUACGGUCGAUGACCAUCGCAAGAAACUCCCUCAGCCGAGAAGUGGCUUCCUGGACCGACUUCGAAACCCCGACUCCUCGACUAGCGCUGAACCCGAACGACCGCGCACUCCUCCCCUUCAACCAAUCCCUCUACAAGAACCCAAUUCGGCACGAGCCCGUCAGGCUAGACGAGAAUCAUUGGGUGGAUUGGAUUCCGAUCCAUGGGGGAGCCCAGACCUUCACCGGGGUCACGAUCACGCGGCAGCCCCAGUGACCGUCACCCAGCAGGCUUAUAAUGGGUUUGGAAGCAUGCGCUCUACCACCACCAACGCAUGGACGAGUAAAGCUGUCGAUAAUAUAAGCCAGGGCGAGGUUAUCAAGGAGCAUACCAAUGGGCGCACCGAGCCAGUACCCCCGAGUAGCUCUGGAUCUGGAUGGGGUGGCAACAUUGGUCGACCGGAUGAGGAGGCACCCUUUAAUCCCGCCCCUCGCCCAGCUUUGGGUGGAUUUGGACCACCAGGAGAAGAUCCUAGCGAUAUCACGCCUCGGCGCCGGCCGACCGGUGUAUCUCGAAGCACGAACCCCCAGAUUGAGGAGUCAGUCACCAUCAACCUUUUGCCAGAAAAGGAGGGUAUGUUUAUGUUCCAACAUCGUAAUUAUGAGGUCAAGUCUGCACGAAGAGGUAGCACGGUCGUUCGUCGAUACAGUGACUUUGUUUGGCUUUUGGAUUGUCUUCAGAAACGAUUCCCUUUCCGGCAAUUGCCUCUUCUUCCGCCGAAGCGAGUUUCAGUGAAUGGUACUCACCUUUCAGCGGAUUCCAACACCUUCCUGGAGAAGCGACGCCGUGGACUUAUCAGAUUUACCAAUUCCCUUGUUCGCCAUCCUGUGCUUGGGCAGGAACAGCUAGUGGUGAUGUUUUUAACCGUGCCUACCGAACUUUCCGUCUGGCGCAAGCAAGCCACCAUUUCGGUCCAAGAUGAAUUUGCUGACCGCGUUCUUGCACCCGACCUCGAGGAUUCACUGCCUUCCGAUCUCACCGAUACGCUCGACACUGUCCGCAGCGGAGUUCAACGAUCGGCGGAAAUUUAUAUUAAUUUGUGUACUCUGCUCGAACGACUUGCAAAGCGUAAUGACGGAUUGGCUGCUGAUCAUCUGCGAUUCUCUUUGGCUUUGCAAUCCUUGACCGAGGUGACCAAGGACACCUACUCGGUCGAUACGAAUGAUGUUCCGUCGCUCAACGUGGGUAUCACGGCGACCGCGCGGCACCUGUCUACCAGUCAAAGCUUGCUGGAGGACGAGGCACGUGCAUGGAGUGAAGGCGUGUUGGAAGAUCUGAAACGACAACGGGACGGCUUGGUGAGCGUUCGUGACAUGUUUGACCGACGGGACCGAUAUGCACGCAACAACAUCCCGCAGCUGGAGCGGCGAAUUGAAACCAAUGAGCGUAAACUGCAAGACCUUCGGGCACGACCGUCAGGCACCGUGAAACCCGGUGAGACCGAGAAGGUGGAGGAUUCUAUUUUCAAGGAUAAGGAAAGCAUCGUGCAGCAGCAUGCGCGCGGAGUGUUCAUCAAGGAGUGUCUUCGAGAUGAGCUUCUUCAUUUCCAGCAAAGCCAGUAUCAUAUCAGUCGCCUGCACCAGGACUGGAGUCAGGAGCGGGUCAAGUAUGCCGAGCUGCAGGCAGACAAUUGGCGACGACUCAGUGACGAAGUGGAAGGAAUGCCGACGGGCGAGUAA